AUGAUCUCCAAUCAGUUUCGCCCACACCAAGACAGCAUGUGCUAUGCUUUAGCUGUGCCUGCAGACGAGGGCGCAGAAAGCCCGUAUCGAGAAAGUAUCGCAGCAUUGGGCGACGAAGGACAAUGGCAGGAUGCACUGCAGCUGUUCUCGGACAUGUGCCAAUUAGAUCCCGGCGGAGCUCUGACGGCCCCGACCUUCGCAGCUGUCACCAUGGCCUGCAGCCGGAUGACUCAGUGGUAUCAGGUACAGCAGCUCUUGCAAAAGGCCAUGUCCAACGACGUGAGGCCAGAAGAUGUCCUUUUGCAUGUGGAGGCGCCUGAGGUGACCUUGAUUCCCGGCCUCCGAUGGAAGACAGAUAAAUCAGAUAAGGAAGACUGGAGCUGGAAUACAGAGGAAGCAAGUGGUGGAAGUGGAGGAAGUGAAAAGGAGGAUGGCAAGGGCAAGGCAGUUGUGCUGACCCAUCGUUUGCCAGAUGAUUACCUCGAAAACACGCUUUUGCCGCACCUGGAAAGCCAGCUCUUAUACAAUAUCCACAUCUACACACCGGCUGAACUCACUCAAAUCGCAAAGGCAUAUGCCAAGAUGGAGGUGAGACAACUGGCGCUCUGUCGGAAGUUAGCUGGACACAUGAAGGAACGGAUGAAAGGUUUUGAGGCCAUUGAUGUGAUCGACGCCUUGGGUGCCAUGUGGAUCAUGGUCCCCGAUGAUGAGGAGCUCUUUGAGGCACUGGAGCAGAAGAUCUAUGAGAAAAUGGAGGACUUCACUGCACCAAACUUCAUGGGCAUCAUCCGCGUUUAUAACAAGAUGGCUUCCAAGCACCACACUCUCCUCUCCAAGGUGAUUCCCCGAUUAAGGGAGUUGCUGGCCAACUACGAGGGAGUGGAGCUCUCAGAGAUGUUGGUCUCCAUGGCUCAGUCUGUGGAUUCGGACAUGGACAUUUUGAUGACCUUGGUGCCAGAAGUGGAGAAGCGUUACAAUGAGGUCUCUUUGCUUCACUCCGUGAACAACGUUUGGGCACUUUGCCAGAUGAAGAUUGUUCAUGAAGGACUCCUGAAGCGAGUGGCCGAGGAUCUUUGCAACCCCACCAAGUCCAAGGAUCUCCCCGCGGGAUACAUGGCUCGUGUCGCUUGGAUCUACCGGCGUUGCAACCGCUGGGACUUGAUCUCCGAAGCGUUGCUCCCGAUGAUCCGCUCCUCAGCCGCCGAGUUCAGCCCGGGCGACUUCGCACGCCUGGCCCAAGCCCUGCCGGAAGAAGGACAGCUCCUGCGGAGGAUUGCCCAGAACUUGGUCGGGGGCUUCACGGACAUGGGGCGAAAAGACUUCCUCCUGUACUUGGUUGGCUGUGUGCAUGGCGAGGUCUUGGAGGAACGUCCAGAGGCCAAUCAGCCCUAUGGAGAGCUCACUCAGGCGUGUCUAAACUACAUCAAAGAAGAUCAGGAUAACUUUGCCAGAGACGAAGUGCAGAAGAUGGUGUACCUUCUGCACCACUCGAAGUACCACUACCUGGAAGAGGAAUUGCCUCCUUCUUUGAAUGCAAUCAAGCAGGAGACUAUUGAUUUCAUCCGUGCCAAGGGCGCUAGUCGCUGA